AUGCAAGCGCAUCUCUGGACUGAUUCCACCGUCGCGUUAACGUGGAUCAAAAGCCAUCCAUCGAGAUGGAAAGAAUUCGUGCGAAAUCGUGUCGCGUUCAUACAAGAACUCUCAAACUCUCGGUGGCACCACGUCUCAGGGAAGGAGAAUCCUGCUGACGUGGCGUCGCGCGGCACAUCACCUCUACUCCUCCAACAAGAUCAGUCGUGGUGGUAUGGACUUCCGUGGCUGCAGCAACUCUCGACCGCGUGGCCAGUCUCGAACCUCUCGCUCGACUCCAACGCACAUCUCGAAGAACGAGCACGUAACUGUGCUAUCGCGAUCGUGAAUCCAAAGCCAGAUAUGAGGGGUCUCAUAAAACGAUACUCAUCUCUCACUCGACUGAUCCGCAUUACCUCCUGGAUUCUACGUGCGAUCGAGCGCUUCCGACACUCGAAGACUGUGCCUGCGUCGCAAGAUCCUCUCACUGCAUUGGAGUUAGAAUCGUCACUCCUCUUUUGGGUCAAAUUAACGCAACACGCUUAUUUCUCAACGGAAAUUCGACUCUUGCGAGGAAAUAAGCAGCUGCCGAAAUCCAGCUCACUGUACCGUCUCACUCCAUUUCUCGAUACUGAAGGGCGCUUCCGUCUACGAGGACGCCUUCAAUUAUCUCAGCUGGAUCUGGCGGAGAAACAUCCAUUGAUCCAACUACGCAGCUCUCGAUUGACGGACCUCAUAAUGGAUUAUUAUCAUAAGCAGACAUUACAUGGCGGACCACAACUCAUGCUCUCGGUUAUACGCCGCAAAUUUUGGAUUCUCGGUGGUCGCCUGCCGGUUCGCUCGUUCAUCCAUCGAUGUGUAACUUGUACACGUCAACGAGCAGUUACCGGACUUCAACAAAUGGGACAGCUUCCGGCCUCUCGUGCAACUCCAUGUCAACCUUUUUAUCAUACCGGGAUCGAUUAUGCCGGACCGCUAACGCUCAAGACCUUCUGCAGACGAGGUGCAAAAACUUAUAAAGGAUAUUUCGUGAUCUUUAUCUGCUUCAGCACCUCAGCUAUGCAUCUCGAGGUGGCGACAGAUUACUCGACCGACGGAUUCAUCGCCGCCUACAAACGAUUUACGGGCCGCAGAGAGAUUUGCUCUACAAUCACGAGCGACUGCGGCACCAAUCUAAUAGGUGCGGAUGCCGAAUUACGGCGACUAUUCAAGGCCUCAUACGGCGACUAUUCAAGGCCUCAUCUAAAGAAUGGACUCACAUCGUCUCCCAGCUUGCCAACGAUGGAGUUACGUGAAAGUUUAAUCCACCCUCGGCCCCUCACUUUGGAGGAAAGUGGGAAGCCGGGGUGA